AUGUGGUCUGGUCUCACCCCUACGUGGACCCCGAAUACCACCACCACCCCCUCCACCACCCCCACGACAACCACCUCCACCCCCCCCCCCGAACUUGUCCUGCCAGCCGAGGAGAGCCUCUACGCGCCGAGGUGGCCGCCGUCGUCGGAGGACGGCUACGACGACGAGUACCACGACGACGACUACGACGAGGAGGACCACGACGAGCACCACGACGACGAGCACCACGACGACGAGGACCACGACCAGGAAGACGACCAGGAGGAGGUGGACGACGACCGCGUCGACGCGCCGACGCCCGCUGCGCCCGCGCCCAUGGAGGUCAUCGACCUCACGCACGAGGACGAGGAGGAGGAUCACGUGCUGCCGCGCGUGCGUAGCACGCGCGGGGUCAUCAACAAGUACAACGCCGCGGCACAAGCGCGCGCGCCUAUCUCAGAGCGGUCUCAGCCGAUUAUCUCGAGGCUUUCCCCAUCCUCCUUCUGGCAUUCGCAAUUUUGUUUCUUUGUGUGGUUCCUGGCCGCUGAGAGCAUUGUAAUGCGCACAGUCCUUGGACCCGCUAAAGAUGCGCCAGACGUCCGUCUGAACGGGCCUUUCUUGCCCGUCCACUUGCUCGCCUGGGUUGUAAAGCACGAUGGCGACCGCGCAUCCAACGGCAGGGCUGAUCUCGCUGGUGGCUUGUGCGAUCCCGUACAGUUUGUUGCGGUUCGCAAAGUCCGUAACCACGACGAUCGUUCGUUCGCCAUCGAAAGUGGCAAUUUCCAGGUCCUGCGCGCGUUUGGUCUGUUGCUUGAUCCACAUGUGCUGAUGCCAUUUGUUUGCUUUAUCUGCCAACUUGUUGAUGAUCUCAUCAUACGUGGACUGAACUUUUACGAACUUUUCCGCAUAGCAGUCAUCGCAUUUCGGGGCCGCGUUGAUCUCGCGUCUUGCAUGUCCCUGGACCUACCGACAAACGGCGCUGGAACUUCAUAUGCCUUCAGGACCACAGUCACCUCCUCCCGGAUGAGGGCCUGCAGGUGUUCUGGUAACACUGCGAUCCUCGGCGGGUCCUUCACGGCCCCGUCUAACCCGCUGUUACAGCCUUUCAGAAACUCCGCGUGGACUUUACAGAAGUCGGCCGAGACUCCCAUAUCCAACCAGUGA